CCUUUGGCGCUUGAAGCUUUAAACGCCACAACAGACGAUGUCUGGCGUACAGCCCCCAACGCCAGGCAGCAAGGCCGGUGGGAGCCCUGGAGGCGGUAACAAAUCCGUCAAGCUUUCGUUCGGGACUAAGACUCCUGGAAAUGGCAAGGGUAAAGAAAAGCUAGACCGCUUCAUCCCAACACGUUCAGCCAUGGACUUCGAUUCCGCCAACUACACUCUUAACAAGGAUGCUAAACAAAGCAGUGAUCAACGUGACGGACAGGGCUCGCCAUCGAAGGAAGAUUACCAGAAGGCUUUGGCUGCAAGCCUCAGUGUGAAUGACUCGAGCCGUAUCUUGGCGUUCAAGCAAAAGGCACCAGCAGCUCCUGAAGGUUACGAGAAUAAUCUGAAGUCGCUAUACAACCAGAACCUCGCGCCGAAUGCGGCCAAGAAGCAGUUCCGGCACGUACCCACGACACAGGAGCGCAUCCUUGAUGCCCCGGAGCUGAUGGACGAUUAUUACCUUAACCUGCUGGAUUGGGGAAGCCAGAACCUGAUCGCCGUUGCCCUCGGAAGGUCUGUUUACCUGUGGAAUGCUGGAUCUGGUAACGUUGAGGAGCUUUGCACGGUCCCCAACGAGGGCGACUACAUUUCUUCCUUGCGGUGGGGCAGCGACGGUAAUUUCCUGGCAGUGGGUACGUCGGAUGCCAAGGUGCAAAUCUGGGAUGCCACUAGGCGCAAGCAGGUUCGUGAGCUCUGCGGACACACGAACCGUGUAUCAUGUCUGUCGUGGAACGGCUCCAUCCUCAGCUCCGGAUCUCGCGAUUCCACCAUUGCCAAUUGGGACGUGCGCAAGCGCCGUGACGAAGCAUGCGUCGCUACGCUACGUGUGCACGAGCAGGAAGUCUGUGGCCUCACUUGGUCACUCUGCGGACAGCAGCUUGCCAGCGGUGGUAAUGACAACAUCCUGGCCAUUCACGAUGCUUCGUUCUCCCUUGUAAACAAGGUCCAGGCUCACACAGCAGCAGUCAAAGCUCUGGCUUGGUGUCCUUACCAGUCAAACCUGCUAGCUACCGGCGGCGGUACCGCGGACCGCCACGUGCGGUUCUGGAAUACGCAUACGUGUGCCAUGCUAAGUCAAAUUGACACGGGCUCACAGGUGUGCGCUCUCCAGUGGAACCCACAUGAGCGCGAGCUGCUUUCAAGCCAUGGUUACUCCAAACACCAACUGUGUUUGUGGAAGUACCCCAGCCUGGUCAAGGUCGCUGAGCUGUCCGGCCACCAGGGUCGCGUGCUACACAUGGCUACCUCGCCAGACGGCUGCAGCGUUGUGACAGCGGGCGCGGACGAGACAUUGCGGUUUUGGCGACCGUUUGGUGAGCCGCCCGCCCCGAAGGAUGCCGACAGCAAACUCGUCGCGGCGGCAAGUGGACCGAUGGCAACAGGCGCAGCUGCAGGCUUUGGUAGCCUGCGCAGUAUUCGAUGA